AAAGCUUGUAGAGCAAAAAGCAAGAGGAAAACAGAUUUUCUGAGCUCAAGGGGGGCUGUUUCUGAAUUUUUAGUAUCAGAAAAUGCCGAUUUCUCAGAUAGCCGUUGGAUCUCCGAGCGAGUUUGCACAUCCCGGAGCUCUCAAAGCGGCUCUGGCCGAGUUCAUAUCGGUGCUCAUUUUUGUUUUCGCCGGCGAAGGCUCUGGGGUGGCAUUCAACAAGCUAACGGAUAAUGGGUCGUCAACGCCGGCGGGGCUCGUGCAAGCAGCCCUGGCUCACGGGUUCGGACUGUUCGUAGCGGUUGCAAUAGGCGCCAACAUUUCGGGUGGGCACGUAAACCCUGCAGUUACAUUCGGGGCCUUCCUGGGGGGACACAUCUCACUCAUAAGGGGUAUUCUGUACUGGAUCGGGCAGCUCCUUGGAGCUGUGGUUGCUUGCUUGCUUCUCAAGUUCUCCACCGGUGGACUGUCAACGCCAGCCUUCACUCUAUCAUCUGAUGUGAGUGUAUGGAAUGCCGUAGUGUUCGAGAUAGUGAUGACCUUCGGGUUGGUGUACACGGUGUAUGCCACAGCCUUGGACCCAAAGAACGGAAACAUUGGUAUCAUUGCACCCAUUGCAAUUGGUCUUAUAGUUGGCGCCAACAUUCUAGCCGGUGGUGCCUUCGAUGGUGCAUCCAUGAACCCAGCUGUCUCCUUUGGCCCUGCUGUCGUCAGUUGGUCAUGGACACACCACUGGGUCUAUUGGGUCGGUCCCCUCAUCGGCUCUGCCAUCGCCGCCUUCGUGUACGAGAUGAUCUUCAUUAGCCCAAACACCCAUGAGCCACUACCCGCCACUGAUUUUUAAGUAGUAUCAUCAUCUCUUUCUUCAUUCUCUUGUCUGGCAGUUUUAUUUUGGUUUCAGCAAUGUGGGUGGGUGUUUUGAUGUUGUCUGUAUCUUGUUAAUUGUUGAUUCUUGUCAACUCUGUCCUGUAUUCCUGCAAUGAUUUUGAUGAGUAGUGUCAAUUUGUACUCAUUUUUAAGAAGUUUUCUUGUUCUUCCUUUGAA